CUGGCCCGGGGCUUAUGAGGGCAGUCCCCUCUGUGGUGCAGCAGGUUACACCGCAUUACACGGUGUCCGUCUCGCCUCAGUGCCCUCAGGAGAUCGUUCUGCCAACCCUGCCGGAGUUACAGGGCGCAGCGGUCUCCCGCGAGCACCACGCCCAGUUACCGCCCAGAAACGUAGCGGUGCUGAGUGGCUCGCAGCCUCCGCGGAGGUCUCUAGAGCGGUUAGUUCGGUUGUCUCCUGCCGGUCCGCCGUUACAGGGCACCGAGCUAGCCGUUCUGAUUACACCAGAGGUCAGUCUCGAGAGACUGACUCCCUUAGUAGAUUAUUUAGCAGCGUGGAAACUACUGCCAAAUGUAUCUCAAUGGGUCCUGCACACUGUAGAGAGAGGCUACACGAUUCAGUUUGGUUCUCCUCCGCCUCGAUUCAACGGGGUUUCACCCACGCUGGUGGGUCCCGAGCAGGCUCUGGUUAUGGAACAGGAAGUGCACGCUCUUCUGAGGAAGGAGGCCAUCGAGGUGGUCCCUCCUCACGAGAGGGAGUCAGGGUUCUACAGCCGGUACUUCAUUGUUCCAAAGAAGGAUGGGGGCUUGCGUCCCAUUUUAGAUCUGCGGUUAGUGAACCGCUCAGUCAAGCGACUGAAAUUCAGGAUGCUCACACUCAAACAGGUUGUGUCUCAGAUCAGGUCCGAGGACUGUGUGUGGAUGCAGCCCUGGCUCCGCUACGACUCCAGGGCAUCCGCAUACUGA